AUUACCCAGAAUGCACCAAGCGGGGUUAGAGGUUAUUUAGACAUGAAUAGCAUAACAGCUAGGCCACGAGCCUCUUCUUACAGUUUACAUUGGACCCUUUCCCUAUUUAUUGAGUAACAUUUGUUAUCUCUUUCACACGGCUGAUAGCGCGGCUUUCUGCCACGUAUCUGGGGGAGUGAAUGAGCGACGGCGACGCUGCAGCUGCUGCUGAGCGGGACACACGACCUGCUGCCGAACAGAACAAACAGCCGGUCCCGCUCGACUGCUGCGGAGGUCUGAACAACGUCGACUAUUCCAAGAUGGACUUGAUGCCGAUUGAAGAAUUCUUAAGACACAUUAACUUUCACGACCCAAACCUUUCCAUCGCAGCGAUUGCCAUCGUAUUCAACCCUCUCUUCUGGAAUGUGGUGGCACGAUGGGAGCAUCGCACUCGGGGACUCUCCAGGCUCUUUGGUGGCCCCUAUGUGGCCUGUUGUGUUCUGGGACUCGUCAUCAUUCUGCUCAACGUUUUCCGGAGCCACAGGAUGACAGUGGUGAUGAAGACCCAGGCCAGAUGGGAGCUGAUGGAGCGGACGGAUGUUUUCUACGUCGGGAUCUCCUUUAUAGUGAUGGGAACGGUUCUGGUGGUCAGCAGUUUUCUCGCUCUGGGCUUCACUGGAACAUUUUUAGGUGACUAUUUUGGCAUACUGAUGGAUGAGAAGGUGACCGGUUUCCCCUUCAGCGUCGUAGAGAACCCGAUGUAUUGGGGCAGCACAGCCAACUACCUCGGCCUGGCGCUCAUUGGUGCCAGUCCUGUUGGGUUAGUCCUUACUGCCAUAGUGGCCCUGGCUUACAAAGUGGCCAUAAGAUUCGAAGGACCAUUCACGGAGCAGAUCUAUCUGCAGAGAAAUCAACGCCGCAAACAUGAGUGAUUGCAUCCCUCACCUGCUGGUGGGGCGGCUGAGGAUUCCCAUCCGGGCGCGUGGACGGACGCACACCGGCUGUAGUCGUUAAUGGACCACUUGAGCGGAAACGCAGGGAAAUGUGUGCGGAUGCAACUUAUUUCUUAAAACGAAUCAGGAAGCUUAAAGCUGCACAAUGUAACGCUUAUAGCUUUUAAUUCCAACUCUGGAAAAAAUGAAGAGACCACUGAAAGAGUCCCAUUGAAAACCUCCUUGUUACUCCACAAAAUAUUGAUUUCUGAACUCUUCCUGAGUUAAAACAUGACUAUUGUUGUUUGUAAAUAAAAAUCUCCUUUUUUUUGUCUUUGCAUUAUAUAUGUUCUUGAAGCGAUGCAUGUAAAAUGCUACUUGGGCAUGAGUACUUACCACGGCACUGUAGCUGCUUUGUUGAAGCAAAUCACUUUGAAUCCAACAAUAGAAGAGACACAAUGCCAGCGCGGUGACAUCACCUCGUUCCCCACAAAAGGAAACUUCCAGACGAUAAAACCGCCACGUCUCUCUGUGAUUCUUUGAUUUCUUCCAUCUGUAUUCCUCUCCUGCGUCCUCUCAGCACUGACACUGUGAAAUCCAUUAUCGCUCUGUACCUGGGCUUUUUUUUUAACAGCAGGCUAAUAGUGAAUGGCUUCUAGGAAAAGACAGAUUUUUAGGGAAAUGAUGAUUUUUUAAAAAAGAGACAUAUUUGACGUUAUGCAACAGUUUCCGCUCAGGUUGUUUCCACUGACUUCUAACAGCAACUAGAAAAGGUCACCUCUAACAAGGACCAGCAAAGUUCAGGUGCUUUCACCUACAGUGCUGUAUUAGGGCCGUUGGAGAUAAGAGAAGAAAAAAUACAUUUCUUCCAAAUAUUUCUAGAUUAUUUUCCCAUAUUUACAAGAAAAAUUAUGAAUUCCAAAGAAGAAAUUUUGGGGGUUUUUUAUAACGUAAAGGCAUAAAUUUAUGACUUUAGAAUUAAGAUAUUAUCAGAGAUUGUAAAACCAGAAAUGUGCGUGGCGUUUUGAUGCUUUGAAAUUGGGCCUUUGUCUCUUUAAGAAGCUUCUACUCUUUCUGAGACUCCGCCUUCAGGAAGUCAUCUGUUAUGUUGUUAGGAGCGUUGGACUCAGAAUUGGUCUGUAUAAUGAGCUCAGCAGACACUUAUAUCCAUCAGACUAAAUUUUCUUCCUUUAGCUUAGUUGGCUAAAAUUUAAAUUUGGAAUUUAAAUUUUAAGAAAUUAAAUUGCCUUGUUUACUUGAACAAGGUAAAGCAGAUACCGCCUUGUUGGGUCUCCAUUUCAAUGAAUCGAGGGGGAAAGAAAAGAUUAUUUUUGAAUGAUUUCACCAACCAACUUUAUGUGUUUGUGUGCCGCCCGUGACAUCUAAUGUGUUUCAUUAGAUGUCAAUAAAUCUGACGAAAAGCCCUUCCUGUUCCCACUGGACCAGUUUGAUCAUUUCUUUCAUAUAAAUUGUUGUUACGUCAUAAACUGCUUUUUGUACAUUUGUUCUCUUCAUGCCCCUGGUAAAAAGUCAGGAGUUUGUAAGACAGAAAAUGAGACAAAAAUAUUCAAACACCUUUUCUAUGUAUAAUUUGAGAUUCAUCGUGAACAAUUCAACUGAAAAGGAUGAUGUAAGACUCUGAGGGAAUCCAUGCCUAUGCAUCCAAGUUAUUGAAAUUCUUUGUUUUUAAUUUUUCCAACUUGUUUUUUUUGUGUGUGUGUGUGUUCCUGUCCAUUCAAAUGGUUUAUUAAACAUGUUGUAGAGUC